GGUCACGUGAGCGUGUGUGGCAGCAGCGGAAGGAUACCGGCACUGACAACCCCUCCCGCCCCUCUCCGCUGGCCGCAGCCGCGGCGGGGACCACCCUCUCCUCAGAGCCCUGUCCCCAGCCCGUGCCCUCAGCGGGAGUGAGGGAUAGCGGGGCAGAGGAAGGCGGGAGGGUGAGGGAGGUGACGGCGAUGGGCGGAGAAGAAGCGCGGCAGGGAGGGACUAUUUGAGGAGACCCUGGCAGGCCGGUGAGGUGCGGAGUGAUCCCGGCGAGUGAGCGGCCCCGCGCUGAGGCCGAGGAGGGCGGCGGGCGCGCCGGGCGCCAUCCCAGCGAGGGCUCCGCGCCUGCGCCGCUCCCGCCGCCGUGAGGGGAGCACCGGCGGCCGCCCCGCUUCACUGCCCGCCCUUGCCCCGCGCCCCUGCCCCGGGGAGCUCGACCCCAACCAUGGCUCAGAUACUGCCCAUUCGUUUCCAGGAGCACUUCCAGCUCCAAAAUUUGGGCAUUAAUCCAGUAAACAUUGGAUUCAGCACCCUAACAAUGGAAUCUGACAAGUUCAUCUGCAUAAGGGAGAAAGUAGGAGAGCAGGCCCAAGUAGUGAUAAUUGACAUGAGUGAUCCAACAACACCCAUCAGACGCCCAAUUUCUGCAGAAAGUGCCAUCAUGAAUCCAGCCUCUAAAGUAAUAGCACUGAAAGCCGGGAAAACACUUCAGAUCUUUAACAUUGAGAUGAAAAGUAAAAUGAAAGCCCACACAAUGGCAGAGGAAGUGAUCUUCUGGAAAUGGAUAUCUGUAAAUACAGUUGCCUUGGUGACAGAGACAGCAGUGUACCACUGGAGCAUGGAGGGAGAAUCACAACCCCAAAAGAUGUUUGAUAGACAUGCUAGUCUUGCAGGCUGCCAAAUCAUCAAUUACAGAACAGAUGAACUCCAAAAAUGGCUGCUGCUGAUAGGAAUUUCUGCACAGCAAAAUCGUGUGGUUGGUGCAAUGCAGCUGUACUCAGUUGAUAGAAAAGUCUCCCAGCCUAUAGAAGGCCAUGCAGCAGCUUUUGCAGAAUUCAAAAUAGAGGGAAAUGCCAAACCUUCUACCCUCUUCUGUUUUGCUGUGAGGAGUCCUGCAGGAGGCAAGCUGCACAUAAUUGAAGUAGGUCAGCCAGCUACUGGAAAUCAGCCUUUUGUUAAGAAAGCUGUUGAUGUGUUUUUCCCACCUGAGGCACAAACAGACUUUCCUGUGGCAAUGCAGAUUGGAAUUAAGCAUGGUGUUACUUAUCUGAUCACGAAGUAUGGAUAUAUCCACAUGUAUGAUCUGGAGUCUGGAGUGUGCAUCUACAUGAACCGUAUUAGUGCUGAUACUAUCUUUGUCACAGCUCCUCACGAACCUACCUCAGGCAUUAUUGGUGUGAACAAAAAAGGACAGGUGCUUUCUGUAUGUGUUGAGGAAGACAACAUAGUGAACUAUGCUACCAAUGUGCUCCAGAAUCCUGACUUGGGACUGCGGAUGGCUAUACGUAGUAACCUAGCUGGAGCAGAGGAGUUAUUUGCCAGAAAGUUUAACACACUGUUUGCUCAAGGAAACUAUGCAGAUGCUGCUAAAGUAGCUGCAUCUGCACCAAAGGGAAUUCUACGUACCAGUGAUACAAUUAGGAAGUUCCAGAGUGUACCGGGUCAGCCUGGGCAGGCCUCUCCCCUGCUGCAGUACUUUGGAAUAUUGCUGGACCAGGGACAGCUGAACAAGUUUGAAUCUCUGGAGCUCUGUCGGCCCGUCCUGCAGCAGGGCCGCAAACAGCUUCUGGAGAAGUGGCUGAAGGAAGACAAGCUGGAGUGCUCAGAGGAGCUGGGAGACUUGGUGAAGACGGCUGACCCAACCCUUGCACUCAGCGUCUACCUUCGAGCUAAUGUGCCAAACAAAGUGAUUCAGUGCUUUGCUGAAACUGGUCAAUUCCAGAAAAUAGUGCUGUAUGCUAAGAAGGUUGGCUAUACCCCAGACUGGAUCUUCCUGCUGAGAAGUGUGAUGAGAGUCAGUCCAGAACAAGGCCUGCAGUUCUCUCAGAUGCUGGUACAGGAUGAGGAGCCACUGGCUAAUAUUAACCAGAUUGUGGAUGUGUUCAUGGAGCACAGUCUUCUGCAGCAGUGCACAUCCUUUUUGUUGGAUGCCCUGAAAAACAACCGCCCUGCAGAAGGCCACCUUCAGACACGUCUCCUGGAAAUGAAUUUGAUUCAUGCCCCGCAGGUUGCAGAUGCCAUUCUCGGAAACCAAAUGUUUACACACUAUGACCGUGCUCAUGUUGCCCAGCUGUGUGAAAAGGCAGGCUUGCUCCAGCGAGCUUUGGAACACUACACGGAUCUCUAUGAUAUUAAACGUGCAGUUGUUCAUACUCACCUCUUGAAUCCUGAGUGGCUUGUGAACUUCUUUGGCUCUCUCUCAGUUGAAGACUCUGUGGAGUGUUUGCGUGCUAUGCUGUCAGCCAACAUCAGGCAAAACCUACAGCUCUGUGUGCAAGUUGCUUCUAAAUACCAUGAACAGCUUGGCACCCAGUCUCUUGUGGAGCUUUUUGAAUCUUUCAAAAGCUAUGAAGGACUGUUCUAUUUCUUGGGUUCCAUUGUAAACUUUAGCCAGGAUCCAGAUGUUCACUUCAAGUACAUCCAGGCAGCUUGCAAGACUGGUCAGAUAAAGGAAGUGGAAAGAAUCUGCCGUGAAAGUAACUGCUAUAACCCAGAACGAGUGAAGAACUUUCUCAAGGAGGCAAAACUCACAGAUCAGCUUCCUCUGAUUAUUGUCUGUGAUCGGUUUGAUUUCGUUCAUGACCUGGUGCUCUAUUUGUAUCGCAAUAAUCUGCAGAAGUAUAUCGAGAUCUAUGUACAGAAGGUGAAUCCCAGCCGUAUACCAGCAGUGGUUGGAGGGCUUCUUGAUGUAGAUUGUUCUGAAGAUGUCAUCAAGAACUUGAUCAUGGUGGUGAGAGGGCAGUUCUCCACAGAUGAGCUGGUGGCUGAAGUGGAAAAAAGAAAUCGGCUUAAGUUGCUGUUGCCAUGGCUUGAAUCAAGGAUUCAUGAAGGCUGUGAAGAACCUGCGACUCAUAAUGCUUUGGCCAAAAUCUACAUUGACAGUAAUAAUAAUCCAGAGCGCUUCCUUCGUGAGAAUCCUUACUAUGACAGCCGUGUAGUGGGCAAAUAUUGUGAAAAGAGGGACCCUCAUCUGGCCUGCGUUGCUUAUGAGAGGGGGCAGUGUGAUCUGGAACUCAUAAAGGUGUGCAAUGAGAACUCCCUGUUCAAGAGCGAGGCUCGCUACCUGGUGCGCAGGAAGGACCCUGAGCUCUGGGCAAAUGUUCUGGAGGAAAACAACCCCUUCAGGCGGCAGCUUAUUGACCAGGUUGUCCAAACAGCUUUAUCAGAGACACAGGAUCCAGAGGAAGUUUCUGUAACUGUGAAAGCUUUCAUGACUGCUGAUCUGCCAAAUGAACUGAUUGAGUUACUGGAAAAAAUUGUCUUGGAUAAUUCUGUAUUCAGUGAACACAGGAAUCUCCAGAACCUGCUGAUCCUGACUGCCAUCAAGGCUGACCGCACCCGAGUGAUGGAGUACAUCAAUCGGCUGGAUAACUAUGAUGCCCCCGACAUUGCAAACAUUGCCAUCAGUAAUGAGCUAUAUGAGGAAGCCUUUGCUAUAUUCAGAAAGUUCGAUGUCAAUACUUCAGCAAUUCAGGUGCUGAUUGAGCACAUUGGCAACUUAGACCGUGCUUAUGAAUUUGCAGAGAGAUGUAACGAACCAGCAGUGUGGAGCCAGCUGGCCAGAGCACAGCUCCAGAAGGACUUGGUGAAGGAAGCCAUUGACUCCUAUAUAAAGGCAGAUGAUCCAUCUGCCUACAUGGAAGUCGUUCAGGCAGCAAAUAGAAAUGAUAAUUGGGAGGACCUAGUCAAGUUCUUACAGAUGGCCAGGAAGAAGGCUAGAGAGUCUUAUGUAGAGACAGAACUUAUUUUUGCUUUGGCAAAAACUAAUCGUCUGUCAGAACUGGAGGAGUUUAUUAGUGGCCCUAAUAAUGCCCAUAUACAACAGGUUGGUGAUCGCUGUUACGAAGAGGGGAUGUAUGAAGCAGCAAAGCUUCUCUAUAACAACGUAUCCAACUUUGCUCGCCUGGCGUCUACCUUGGUGCACCUUGGAGAGUAUCAGGCCGCAGUGGACAGUGGCCGCAAAGCCAACAGCACGAGGACUUGGAAGGAGGUCUGCUUUGCCUGUGUGGAUGGAAAGGAGUUCCGCUUGGCACAGAUCUGUGGCUUACACAUAGUCAUCCAUGCUGAUGAGCUUGAGGAGUUGAUCAGUUACUAUCAGGAUCGUGGCUACUUCGAAGAACUGAUUGCCCUUUUGGAAGCUGCUUUGGGCCUAGAGCGUGCUCACAUGGGGAUGUUUACUGAACUUGCCAUCUUAUACUCCAAAUUCAAGCCUCAGAAAAUGAGGGAACAUCUGGAGCUUUUCUGGUCUAGAGUUAAUAUUCCAAAGGUGCUCAGAGCUGCAGAACAGGCUCAUCUCUGGGCAGAACUUGUAUUCCUCUAUGACAAGUACGAGGAGUAUGACAAUGCAAUAAUUACUAUGAUGAAUCAUCCCACUGAUGCCUGGAAAGAAGGCCAGUUUAAAGACAUAAUUGCCAAGGUGGCCAAUGUGGAGCUGUACUACAAAGCCUUGCAGUUCUACUUAGACUACAAACCUCUGCUGAUCAAUGAUCUCUUGCUUGUAUUAUCUCCACGACUGGAUCACACCAGGACAGUCAAUUUUUUCUCAAAGGUUAAUCAGCUACUUCUAGUAAAGCCUUAUCUGCGUUCAGUCCAGAACCACAACAACAAAGGAGUUAAUGAAGCUCUAAACAACCUUUUAACAGAAGAGGAAGAUUUCCAGGGUUUGAGAGCUUCCAUUGAUGCCUAUGACAACUUUGAUAACAUAACGUUGGCUCAGCGUCUGGAAAAGCAUGAACUAAUUGAAUUUAGGCGUAUUGCAGCGUACUUGUACAAGGGUAACAACCGCUGGAAACAGAGUGUGGAGCUGUGCAAGAAAGACCGGCUGUAUAAGGAUGCUAUGCAGUAUGCUGCAGAGUCCAAAGAUGCAGAGCUGGCUGAGAAGCUGCUGCAGUGGUUCUUGGAAGAAGGCAAGCAGGAGUGCUUUGCAGCCUGCCUUUUCACAUGCUAUGACUUGCUGCACCCAGAUGUAGUCCUUGAGUUGGCAUGGAGACAUAACAUCAUGGACUUUGCAAUGCCUUAUUUCAUCCAAGUGAUGAGAGAGUACCUUACCAAAGUUGAUGGACUGUUCUAUAAGGUGGAUAAACUUGAUGCUUCUGAAAGCCUAAGAAAAGAAGAGGAACAAGUAACUGAACCCACUCCAAUAGUAUUUGGCCAGCAGUUGAUGUUAACAGCAGGCCCCAGUGCAGUACCUCCCCAGGCAAACUUCCCGUAUGGAUACACAGCACCAGGAUUCACCCAGCCGCCUGUUUAUGGUUUCAAUAUGUAACUAGCUCUCUGACAGACCUUCACUGUCUCUGUUCUCUUCCUCCCCUUUUUAACUUCUCCAAGAAGUGUACAAGGCACAGAUGACCUUCUGUUGGCUGAACACACUUGCUGCCCAGCUCAGUGAGGAGACUUCAGCAGGAUGCCUGUUACUGUUAUUUAUUGAUUAUUGUCCGGUUACAUUUCAACCUCUGAAAGGCAGCUUUUGUUAAUGACAUUGUGAGACUCUUGUCUGAAGUUAAGGCACUAUUUCACUAACUCAUAUAGCAAUAACUACUUGAGGCCAGGGGGAAGAGAGCAUAAUUUUCUUUCUUUUGAAAAGCCCAUUGAAGGCAGCUGGGAAAUUGCCUGGCACCAAGUUGUUAAAGCUUUAGUUGAAGCUACUGAAGUAGCAGGAUUGUUAACAAUUCAAGGAAACAUCUCUUUAAUAAUGAAUUGUUGAAAGCUUGUGUACAUCUGACCUCCCCAUUUUAUUUGCAUUCUUAGGUGCAAAAGAAAAUGGGCUUUUCUAAUAUUUGUGCUCUGAAUGUUUAGAGGAAUAUUGGGAAAGUUUCCUUUUCUGGACAAUAAUGCUGUUGGAGUUCAAUGCUGUUGGGGUUCAAUACUGUUGGAGUCUGUUCUCUGUUUUCUGAACUAGAUCUAAGACUUGAAGAAAAUAAAUCUUCUCAUGCCAGAGAGCAAACACUUCCCAGAUCCUUUUUGUUUAACAAGAAGAGAGCAUGUUACUUAUUGACGUUACAUGGUACUAAAACAAACCUCAGCUGUGUGUGGCAAGAGAACACAGGAGUGUGCAUGGGCUGCCAAAGCACUGGAGCUGCAAGAGCACAGCGUCAGGGUUGGGGAGGGGGACACUGCUACCGUACUGAGGCAGUAGGGAGGGCCAUAAUCCUGACUUUUUAUUUGCACCUUUAACUGAUUCUGGCAUUGGCUUCCUGCCACACCGUGUUCUGACCCUGUCUGGUGGGCAGAGUCGGCACUGCCUGAGUGACCAGGGUGCACUGACUCAGUUCUGCUAUGCUGCAGUAGGAUCAACAGCGUGUCCAUCACCCACCUCUUCCUUUGAGAAUGCCAACAGGGAUGUAUUAUUACUUUGUGCCACUUCAAAUACAUGUAUCAUUAACGUUUUAUGUACUUAGAUAACAAUGUAUAAUUUAUGGUUAUGAAUCUUGUGCUAAUCUUGAAUAUUAUAAAAGUCCAAUUAUAAAUGUAAAACUGCAGUA